GUCGACUCGGCCUCCUGUCAAGCACGGCACCCGCACCAGCUCGACACCCGCACCAGCACGUGCGCUCGUCCCGCACGGGCGGCCGAUCCUGAGACACGCCCGCGGCACCGGCACGGCCCGACGUGGCACCGACACAGCACGAGCCCGUCGGGUUCGCGCGCCGGCAGACGCCAGACCCCAGCUGACGCUGUGCAAAAAAGAUGGCAAUGACAGCAGAAGCUGCAGCGUUCUCUGCUUCAGGGGAGCAGGAGGGUAGAGAGGGGGGGCAGGAGGAAGUGCGACCACGAGGAGGAGCAGAGACGCGCGCGCCUGACGACGGGAGCGCCCUCGGGCCACCCGUGGUGACGGCGGUCGCGACGAGAGGCAGCGGCGUGCAGGCGAGGCAUGCCAUCUGCAGGCCCUGCACAGAGCCCGUGGUGUUCACGCUCGCCGCCCCCUUCUCCCCCAUUGAGGGAGAACCUGCCCCACCGCCAAGACGAGCUGCGCCGGGAGCGCCAAGGCGGCGCUGAAAAAAAAACGAGCACGUGCCAGGACCGGCGGCCCGCACUGAGAAGCAGGAGCGCCUGCGAGCCCGCGGCACGGCGGGGCAGGGCGACGAGCCUCCGGUGCGCCCACAGGCGGGCCAGGCACCGUGGCCCGAGGCACGUGCGCGAAGGAGGGGGGGGGCGUGAAGGCCAGGAGACAUCACUGGCCUGUAGGCGCUUUGCGAGUAGUGGAACGCGCUCGGUGACAGACGACGUGCCAGACUCCUCCGCCCAUCGCCUGGGGGGAAGCGAAGGCAGAUCGGCCAAGAGGGAGCGGCUCGGCGCGGAACGCGACACUCCCCGUGCCGCCAAGCGGGCUCGGUCGAGUUCCGCGGGGCACGGAUUGUCUCACGCCGCCCUCGAGCGGUGCGCCUCUGGCUCAGUACACCUCCACGUGGUAGCGGUGGGCCUUCUUCAUCUCCUUCGCGAACUCCUUCCAGUCCACGCCCGCCUUCUCGGCGAGGGGCGAGAAGCACUCCUCCAUGCCAGCCUCCAUGCCCUUCAGGCCGCACAUGUAGAUGUGCGUCUUCGGCGACUGCAUCAGCUCCCAGAGCUCCUCCGCGUACUCGGCCAUCUUCGUCUGGAUGUACAUCCUCUGGCCGGUGGCGCUCUUCUGCUCCCGCGAGAUCGCGUAAUCGGCGCGGAACUGGUCAGGGAACUGUUUCGUAUACUCGUCGUGCUCAUCGACGUAGAGCAGCGAGUUCGAGUACGGGACGCCGAGGAAGAGCCACGCCAGGCCCUGGAACUUCCUGGACCCGUCGGCAUUGGCGCCGACCUUGUCGUGGAAGAGCAGGCGCAUGUAGGAGCGCAUCGGCGCGAUGCCGGUGCCUGUCGCGAGCAUGAUGAUGUUGCAGUCCUGCUCGACCGGCAGGAGCAUCUCGGCUCCGGUCGGGCCCGUGAUGAGCACCUCGUCGCCCUCGCUCAUGUCGCAGAUGUGGUUCGAGCACACGCCGCGGUAGACCUUGGCGGCGGGGAAGCAGGUGCCAGCCUUGUCAGGCUUGUCCUCGCCGACCUCGCGGUUGAAGUGCUUGAGGGGCCACUUCUCCUCCUCCACCUCGACGACGCGCUUGACGCACAGGGAGACCGUCUUGGAGUCCUGGCAGUCGCCGACCGCCGACGAGCCGAUCGAGUAGAGGCGGAUCUUGGCUGGGGUCUCGCCCUUCUUGUCGGGGCCAGGGGCGAUGACGCCGAUGGACUGUCCCUCGACGUACGGCACCUUGCCGCCGUGGUCGAAGGUCACGUGCGUCGUCUCCCAGUUGGCGUCUCCGGGGGCGUCGCUGUUGGGCUUGGUGAUGGUGUGCGCCUGCACGUCGUUCUUCACCACCUUGCCCUGGUACGGCGCCUUCGGCAUGAACAGGUUCCACGGGAUCUCCUUGCCGCCCAGCUGCGACACGACCUUGACGCCCUUCUUCUUCACCGCGGCCGCGCGGCGCGUGACGACGGAGGAGCCCACGGCGAUGGCCGCCGCGCCGAGCCCCACGGUGGCCGGGAUGCCCGCGAAGGAGCCCGCCGCCGCAGCAGCGGGCCGGCCGGCCCGCAGGAGGCGCGGCGCGGCCUCGGGCGCCACGGCGGGGGGGGCGGCAGCAAAAGCCAGCGACAUCGUCCGCUGGGAUGCGGAGGGGAGGGGCUCGGGGUGUCGCGGGGUCACGGGGCGUGCCCGGGCCGAAACGGCU